CUGUCAUUUGCCUAACCUAAGAAUCAUAUCAAAAUUAAACAUAAACAAUGCGAUGAUUUUCGUUGUAUUUUAACAUUAAAAGUGUAGAAUCAUGAUUACGCUAUCCCAACGCUUGAAAAAGCAGCAAGAAGACCGUUCUUCUAACACUAACCGAAUUUCAAUCAGGGACAAAUUGCUAAUUAAGGAAUCACAAGAAAUGGCCCAACUGUUGCCAAGUAAUUGUUCAGUUUUUUACGAAAAUGAGAACGAUUUGAGCAAAUUCAUUUUAACUGUGAGACCUACAGAAGGCCUUUGGGAAGGUGGUACUUUUAGAUUUGCUAUAAAUGUUACAGAAGAGUAUAAUAUGGUUCCUCCAACUGUUAAAUGCCUUACACGUUUGUGGCAUCCUAACAUAACUGAAGUUGGUGAAGUGUGUUUAUCACUUUUGAGACAGCAUAGUAUGGAUGGGUUAGGUUGGUCACCAAUUAGGAGAUUAAAUGAUGUUGUGUGGGGCCUACAUGCUUUAUUUACGGAUUUAUUAAAUUUUGAUGAUCCUUUAAAUAUAGAAGCUUCAGAUAUGUAUAGAAAUUCAAAGGAAGAAUUUAGAAUGAAAGUGAAUGAAUAUGUUAUGCUGUAUGCUAAAGAUUAAUUAUAUGUAGACUUGUCGAUAUUACUUGUUUGUUCGCUUUGUUUGGGAUACACGUAUUUUUACAAGAGUGAAUACUCCAACUCUUUAUUUUGUAAAAACUUAAAGUUUGUCCAUAAUUGACUGAAUUUUUCUGAUACACACGUGGGUUAUUUUGGGAGCGUGCCAUAAAAUUCUUUCACUUUGGAUAAAAUUUACAAUAUAUUUAUAUGAACAA